AUGGAUGUUGAUCCCCUCAAGUGCGGCCAGCAGACGCCUCAAUGUCUGCAAUGCACUCGGUCCAACCGGUUAUGCCCCGGCUAUCAGCGCGACUACGUGUUUGUUCAGGUCAAUCCAGCAGCCAAGGCAAUCCGGCCAACUCCGCAGCAAAACUCAUCUUUAAUUCAGACUAGCCAUCACCAGCAGCUGCUGGACAAUUUUUAUGGUCACUGUUUUCCUGACAUGAGAGGGCCAUUCGGAGGCAAACCAUGGCUCAGUCAGCUCCCACAGAUGACGAUUGACACCAGGGCCCUGAAAGCAUCAACACUUGCGCUUUGCACGGCACUGGUAGGUCGAUCUACGGGCAACAAGGCCUUAGUACACGAAAGUUUGAAGCUCUAUACUCGUGGGCUCCGAGCGCUACAGGUGGCUCUUCAGAGCCCCUCGCUGGUUAGGCAUGAUGAGACGCUUGCUGCAUGUCUAGUUUUGGCGAUGUACGAGAUUUCAGAGUGUCCAGCUAGGCAUAUUGCUGGGUAUUACCAGCAUUGCCGUGGGCUUUUCUCACUUAUCCAACUGCGCGGCGUGGAUGCACAUGCGUCGGGAUUGGGACAUCAACUGUUUCUUGCCAUUCGUGUUCAUUUGAUACUCUACGGCCUCGGGCAGUUAAAACCCAGUUUCUUGGCCGAGCCUAGCUGGAUGGAUAAGCCAUGGCAAAAUGCAGCCAAGAGACCCUUCGAUCGAAUUGUCGACUGUAUGGCUUACGCCCCGCGGCUCUUUCAUCAGUUACAGAUCUACUCGCGCCUUCCAUACGCAGAGAAAGAGCCGCUAAUGUCGAGUUUGAUGGUCGAGUUCGAAUGCUUAGAUAAUACGCUCCAAGUCAUUUACAGAGAAAUGGAAGACACUGUCAGAGGACCAAUGUACUGGUCUAUAUUGUCAAAAGACCAUGACUCUGUAGGAGAUCCGAUGAAGGGGUCGCCAUUCCCCCUUGCAUUCCAGUUUCCGGAUCUGAAAACGGCGGCCAACUUGAUGGCGCUUUGGGCGACCAGUGCUCUGUUGCGGAGAGGUUGGAACGCCCUAUACGAGGAUCUCAGGCAAGGCUCGUUUAGUGGGAUGGUGGUCGUUCCCCGUGACGUUACAUCGGUCGUCAGCAAGGUUUGCCAGUCCGUUGAGUUCUGCCUGAACGAGACGAAUCUGAUGUUUGGGGCGUUUGUCGCUUCAAUGCCGCUUGCAAUUUGCAAAGCUGUGCUGCAGGGUGAUGGGCGCCACGACCGGCGUGGCGCCUGGAUUACGGAGGUGUUGGAGAGGCUCCAGCAUCGCGGCGUCCGGAUUGUCAAAUAUCAGUGA